AUGACAAACAAGCGGUGUGAAGUCCUCCUAGGUAGUGGAAACUACUUCCACUGGGUGUAUAACAUGCGCAUGACGUUGGCGCGCAAGGGGCUGCUGGUGCACGUUCAAGUCAUCAAGAAAGAAGAAGAGAUGACGGAUGCCUGGCUGUUCAACGACGCUAAGGCACUGGGUAUCAUCGCUCAAGGCAUAGAGCUACAGCACCAGACCAAGAUACGAUCGGCGACGACAGCUAUGCACGCGUGGGUCAUCUUGCGGGACUUCUACAACCGCACCACGCUCCACAAUCGUGUCGAGAUGACACGUCGUCUGCAUGAGUUCAAGAUGGAGAAUGGUUCGACCAUGUCGAAGCACUUGGAUGCUUUUGACGAGCUUGUUGUCGGCCUCCAGACACUUGGAGGGCCAGUCGAUGACUCUCGGCAGCUAGUGGUGCUGCUUAGUAGUCUUCCGACGGACUAUGAGCUCAUCUCGUCAAUUGUGGAGAAUUCCAAGGACAUUACGCUCAUCGAGGUCAAGGAAAAGCUGCUCAAGGAGCAUGAACGAUUGCAGAAGAAGGAGACUACGGAGAAGGCGUUUCCUGUAAGCAGCAACGGUAGACGGUUCAAGGGAGGCCAAGGUAACGGCCGCAAGGGAAACUAUCUACGGAAAACCAACACCGGAAUUAAAGGCAAGUGCUUUAAGUGUGGUCAAGUCGGACACUAUAAGCGGGACUGCCUGAAGCGUAGCAAUGGCGAGAAAGAAGGUGCUGUGUUUGCUGCUGGUGAGUUGCAAUGCGAAGAAUGGCUUAUCGACAGCGGGGCUGCGUCGCACAUGACACCACAUCGGAGCGAUCUAUUUGAGUACAAGGAGUUGAAGACUGGUCAACAAGUCUCUAUCGCUGAUGGCAAGAAGCUGCAGGUAGCUGGAGUGGGAACAGUCAAGCUGAAAGGUCUAGACGGUCGACGGAUCAUGAUGGUCGAUGUCAUGCACAUACCAGGACUUGACAAACGAUUGCUGUCCGUUGGCAAACUGGCAGGACGAGGCAUGAGGGUGGAGUUUCAAAGCUCGUCCUGCAUCAUUUGGAGUGCCAAGCGCGCGAUUGCAAGCGGCAAGAAGAUUGGCAAGGCGUACUUCCUGGAUUGCGAACAAGAAGAAGCCCGGCUUGUAGAAUACGCAGGGGCUGAAAGUGAGUGGGAGCUUUGGUACGCUCGCUUGGGACACCCCGGAAGAUCUGGUAUGGACAAGACACAGCGCGCUACGAGUGGUAUGCCGGCGGUAAAGCAGGGCAUCGAGAAGCUGUGCAGUGGAUGCAUGAAGGGCAAGCUGACGAUUGAUACAUUCCCGUAUCAAUCGCUAACAAGGACGUCACACGACUACUCAAGAUUUGUGGCAGCUUACUUCAUGAAGCACAAGAGCGAGGUGGCCGCAAGGCUUAGCGAGUUCAAGGCUUUCUAUGAGAAUCAAUGGGGCAAGCACUUGAAGUAUAUACGGUCGGAUAACGGGACGGAGUUUGUCAACAAGAAGAUUGCCCAUAUAUGCGCCCGUAAUGGUAUCAUGCACCAGCGGACAGUACCAUAUAGUCCGCAACAGAACGGCGUUGCGGAACGCAUGAAUCGCACUAUCAUGGAGAAGGCAAGGAGCAUGCUGUACUACAAGGGUAUCGACAUGCAGUGGUGGGCAGAGGCGGUCGGUUUCAAGAUGAAGCCGAGUAUUGAGCAUUUGCGUGUGUUUGGAUCGCAAGGGUAUGCUCACAUUGACGACGCCAAGAGGACGAAGCUCGAACCAAAGAGUUACCGGUGUAUGUUCCUCGGAUAUGCGGAGAACACCAAGGGAUACAGGGUGUUCAAUCUGGAAAGGUCGAAGGUUGUCAUAUCGCGCUCCGUAAAGCUGGACGAGCGGGAAGUUGAAGGUAUAUACGACAUGGUGGUACCAGAUAAAGUACCAGUCGUCAAGUAUAUUAGGGACACUGAUGAAGCAGUGAUUCCGGUGGUUCGUCCGUAUGAUGGAGACGAGACGAUGGAAAAUGUCGAAGAAAGCGCUCCUGAUGUCGAGAUGAACGAGAUAGAAUCGGCUCCAUUCGAAACAGGUAUCAUCAUACCUCAAGUACUCGAUCCAGAAACUCAAGAACCAAGAGGCGAUGAGAUAACGGGAUAUCAAGAUCCGAGACAAGCUUUUCAGGAGGACAGGUUGGUAUUUCAGCCGGAGAUAAAUCGGACAAGACGCUCACGAGACAGAAUGCUGCUGCUUGAGAAUGGGAAUAGCAGUGAAAACACGUCAGAAGGUAGCGAUGGACCACCUUCUCCAAAGCGUGCAAGAAUUGAUGACGAAGGUCUCAUUGCAGAGGCUGUAUUAGCCUAUGCUGCAAGCGUUGGCGAGGCGGACGACGCUCCAUCAACAUACAGCCAAGCGUUAAAGGCGAAGACAUCAGCAAGUGGAUUUAAGCGAUGCAAGCGGAGCUCAAGGCGCACGCCGAUAACGGGUCCUGGACACUGGUACCAAAACGGCAAGACAUUCGACCAAUCGGCUCGACUCGUCGCAAAGGGGUUCAAGCAGAAAUUCGGUGUCGACUUCUUCGAGACGUACUCUCCCGUGGCAAACAUGAACUCGAUCAGGGUUGUGCUAGCUGUGGUGGUGACAAAGGGAUACGUCACUGAGCAGCUGGACGUAGACACGGCGUUCUUGAACAGUGAUCUCAAGGAAGAGGUGUACAUGGAAGUGCCAAAUGGCAUAGCUAAUGCGGAGAAGAUGAUGUGCAAGUUGGACAAGGCAAUCUACGGUCUCAAGCAGGCUGCAAGUGCGUGGAACAAGACAAUCCAUGCUGUAUUCUUACAGAUCGGAUUUCGUAGCAGCGGAGCAGAUCAGUGUAUCUACGUCAAGCAUCAAGAUGACAACUAUGUCUAUGUUUGUCUCUACGUCGAAGACAUGAUCAUCGCCGCCAAGACCAGCAGGGAGAUUCAAGAGGUCAAGACAGCACUCAAGAGCUCAUUUCGUAUGAAGGAGCUAGGCAAGGCUAAAUUUAUUCUUGGCGUGGAGAUUGAUCAUGACCACAACUGCAGUAAGCUGAUGAUUCGACAGACUCGAUACAUCGAUGAUGUGGCCAGCCGUUUUAAUCAAGAGGACGCAAAGGCAGUGGUCAACCCAUGCGAGUCCGGCCUGAAGCUGUCAAAGAAGCAAUCUCCAACGACGGAUGUCGAUAGAGCAGAAAUGCAGUCAAAGCCGUACAGGUCGCUGAUCGGAUGUUUGCUAUACAUCACGACAUGUACGCGCCCAGAUGUGAUGUAUGUCAUCACGCAGUUAUCAAGGUUUUUGGAGAAUCCAGGUCAGCAACAUUGGAAGGCAGCCAUUCGUGUUCUUCGGUAUCUCAAGACGACAAGAGACUACGGGAUAAUCUACGACGGCAGCGCUAGCGAAGUAACAGCUACAGCGUAUACGGACGCGGACUGGGGUAGCAACAUCGAUGAUCGACGCUCCGUGUCAGGGAUAAUGGUGAUCAUCGGUGGCGCACCAGCCAUAUACAAAUCCAAGUAUCAACGCACGGUGGCUCUAAGCUCUGCUGAGGCAGAGUACAUGGCUUUAAGCCUGUGUACACAGGAAGUGUUAUGGGUUCGUGCGCUGCUUAAGGAUCUAGGUCACGAGCAAGUGGGAGCAACGUGGGUCUGGGAAGACAAUCAAGGAGCAAUUGGGCUUGCCAGCAAUGCCGGCUACAAUGCCAGAACCAAGCACGUUGACAUUCGUCACCACUUCAUCCGGGAGAAUGUGGCCCACGAUAUCAUCGUGGUCAAGUACAUCUCCACCAUGGACCAAUCGGCCGACAUGCUAACGAAGGCUCUGGGGACCAAGCGACUGAACUAUUUGAUACAAGCAAGCUGCAUUGGACCCAAGUGCAUUUAG